AUGCACAAAAAGCCGAAGAGAAAGGCUCGGCUAGAGGAGAGUGAAAUUGCCAGCCGUACUAUCCAGGUGCGUUUUGUGUUCGUGUGUUUCAGUCUCGCCAUCAUUUUACACGAUACAUUGAAAGUUUAAGGUGCGAUGAAGUGCUAGCCGUCGAAGCUAUCCGAUUACUAGCUCUUUACUUUACCGGAUUAAUUCUCAUCUCUUCCCGCUCAAAGGCAAUCAUGGGACUCAACUCCCUGCGAGGCCGUCUGCUGAUCGUCUGCUGCUGGUUAUCAGUUUUGACUGUUACAUCCACCGCCGAAGAAUCGACGACGACUGCGUAUCCCGUCACGUCCGACGUUACAACCAAAGAUGGUCUGGUGGAUGCGGUCAACGUCGAUUGUCACCAGCAGGAAAUGUUGGUGACUCUCUCCACAUUGGUUCCAUUCCACGGGAUGGUUUAUCCGCGCGGACUCACCAAGAAAUCGCCCUGCAUGGCCGAAUUCGAUGUCCAGCUGGGUGACCAGUUCACCUACCGAGUGCCGCUUCGCUCUUGCAACACCAUGUUCAUCGAUACCGAAGACGGAUUCAUCGAGUACUUCAACACGAUCGUCGUCCAGCCGCACAAAAAGCUGGUGACCAACCAAGGCCGUGGUUACCACGUCCGCUGUCGCUAUCAAACCAAGGAUACGGCAAUCAUUUCCGGAUUUAACGUCAGCUUCGCGGGGAAUACCAAACUGGAUACGACCUCGCCAUUACCGGGAACGAUGAUGCACAUUUACGCUGGCGAUGCAGUCAAUCACGUUCCAGCCGAGAAUGUCAAAAUCGGCGACCCGCUAACGCUGAAGGUAGCGCUCGACCAGCAAGAAGUCUACGGCAUGACUGUAGCCGAUUGCACCGUCCGUGACGGUCUCGGAUGGAGUGAGCAGCUUCUUUACAACGACCAAGGGUGUCCCGUCGACUAUGAGAUCAUGCCUCCGUUUGAAUAUGACGUCAACAAAACUUCCGCCAUGGUCAAAUUCCAGGCCCACAAAUUUCCAUACACGUCGUCUGUGUACUAUCAGUGCAAUGUUCGACUCUGCUUGCGCAAUGGCGGAUGCGAAGAGCCACCGCUGUGCGACAAUCAAGGAAAUAAUCUUCGCCGUAAACGAAGGCAAGCGGAAGAGGAAGGUCCGCGGGCCGACUAUCGAAUUGAUCAUCCGUCGUUCGCCCGGAAUGCGACAACUGUCGAAGUCUUUGGUGGUUUCUACGUCACCGACACCACCGACAGCGGGGAAACUCGCCUGUUUGACGGCGAGCCCAUCGAAGAGAAUAAAGACGACCAAUUGUGCAUAUCCCCACGAGAUUUCGCCAUCGGCAUCGCUGUGGCCGGCCUCAUUCUCAUGAUCGCCGUCGUCGCCGCUAUUCUCUUCUUGUGCGCCAGACGACGACACAAGCGCGUCUCGUCUACCACCGGAAGCUCAGUCUAUUCCGGACCGUACACCAAUACGGCCUACAGUCACUCGAGUUGAACGUUUGAAUAAGCGCAGAAGAAGAAAAAAAACAAAACUCGCGUCUCUUUUUAUGCCUCAUCUUUUUAUCCUUUCCGUUUCAAUCCAACACACAAAAACACCCGUUGAUUGUGUGCACCAUGUAAACGGAACGUCCAUCAUCGCCUUCGUACUUAUUCGUUUGCUGUGUGUGUCUAUAUUGUCUCUUUGUUUUUUGGAUUCGUUCGAUUCGCCUCUUGAUGGAACUCCCCACUCGCUCGAUAGGGUUGUGCGCGUUGGUCUUGGAAGGACACACACACUGCGUGGCUGAUGAUGUGUGUUUUUUGGUCACCUUUAAUCGUAUAAGUUUGUUGCACCCGAAAUGCGUUUUGGAGUAAACUCGUUGCGCGAAGAUUACGUCAUUGAUGCUGUUGCAUGGACGGUGUGCCAUAACCGCGUCACUUUCUCUCCCGUUUGUUUUAAAUUGACGAUGUGCAUGUGCUGUGUGUGUUUCUUGUGUUGUUUUCCACUUAAAAAUAACCCGCUGAUGCAAUCACGCGAAUGGCUGACGUCGAUUUUGUAGGUCGACGACACUCAUUCCGUCGCAACUUGUCGGACGGCUCCUUCAUAGCGGAGGCGUUGCUGGCGACUUGCUUUCGAUUCCUGAGUGCAAUAUUAUUAAGAUUUUCCCCCCUUUUUUUAAAAAAAUAAUUGGUUUUCUACUUAGAGAUGUUCUUUGGAAAAAAUCCAAGAGACAAAACUCUAUGCCUUAAAAGAAAAAUGUGUUUUUUCAAUAAUUAGCCUAUUCUUCCUUUUUGCAACGCACAACAACAAAAAAACAAAAAGAGAUAGCCUUCCAAAAUGGUUAAAUUUUUUACCGUUUGGCUUUGGUCAGCUUUUCUUAGUAUUGAAUUUAUCAAAAAAUGGGUGCUGUCCGAUCUAUCUACUACAUCUUGGUUUCAAUUUAUAAUCAUAUCUAAUAUUUCACUAUGCCUUCGUGCUUGGGCUCUCUAUUGGGUCCCAAUCCUCUGAUGCUAAUAUUCAAAAAUUCGCAAAAACAAAAAACACAAAUUCAUUUUCUCCGGUUUAACAUAUUGAUCAAAUGCGUGUAUUGUUUUUUCAUUCUUUAUUCAGUACCAAAAAAAGCGGCAAAAAUACAACGUUCUAUUAGACUCCUAAA